UGCCCGGACGCAUUCCGCUCAGGCGAGCCUCGGGCCAUUUAUGGACCGGACCGUCGGAGGGCAAUCCUGGGGCUCGUAUGACUCUUGUGUGCUCCUGCAGAAUAGACGGCCAAACUGCACGCGUAAUACAAGCCUUAUCUCGAGGCUAGGGAGCGUUUCAUGGACGCAAAUAAGGAGCUUGGAGACUCAUUCUCAGGUCCCGUUAAACAGCAGAAACAGGAACAACCAAAUACAGAGCAUGACGACGCUGUGUACCUGAACUUCAUGAAAAGCCACACGUGCUAUGACGCCAUUCCAACCAGCUGCAAACUGGUCGUGUUCGACACCAAGUUACAGGUCAAGAAGGCAUUUUUUGCCCUGGUGGCAAACGGCCUAAGAGCUGCCCCCUUAUGGGACAGCAAGCUGCAAAGGUUUGUGGGCAUGUUGACCAUCACCGAUUUCAUCAACAUCCUGCAUCACUAUUAUAAAUCUCCUAUGGUUCAGAUCUAUGAGCUGGAGAGUCACAAGAUUGAGACAUGGAGAGGUGAUUCCUUUCAAAAUAUCUACCUGCAGUAUUCCCAUCAAUUCCUGAUCAGCAUUUCUCCUAAAGCCAGUCUGUACGACGCCAUCUACUUCCUUUUGAAACAUAAGAUCCACAGACUGCCCGUCCUCGACCCCGAGUCUGGGAACGUCCUUCACAUCCUCACCCACAAGAGGAUCCUCAAGUUCCUGCACAUCUUCGGUCGGACGGUCCCGAAGCCGAAGUUCAUCCACCGGUCUAUCCAGGAGCUCGGGAUCGGAACGUUCCGGAACAUCGCCACCAUUGCGCAGACGGCCAGCGUGUACGACGCCCUCGCCGUGUUCGUGGAGCGGCGGGUGUCCGCCCUACCGGUGGUGGACAAGCAGGGAAAAGUAGUGGCUCUGUAUUCCCGGUUUGACGUGAUUAAUCUGGCGGCCCAGAAGACGUACAACAACCUGCACAUGAGCAUGGGGGAGGCGGUGCGGCGACGCAUGUGCUUCGUGGAGGGCGUGAUCACGUGCUACGCCCACGAGACGCUGGACGCCGUCGUGGAGCGCAUCGUCCAGGCAGAGGUCCACCGGUUGGUUCUGGUGGACUCGGGGGCCGUGGUGCGAGGGAUCGUCUCCCUCUCCGACAUCCUCCAGGGCCUGGUGCUGGCGCCGGCGGGGAUAGACUGCCUGUUGUCCUAAAAACAGCCCCUGACCCCUGACCCCUGACCCCCCGCACCCAUCCUACCACCCGGGGUCUCGCAGCAGGCAGGAACGGCAAGACGCCUGGCAGGAAGGAGACCCCAGGAGAAGUCUUGGAAGAUGAAUCCUUCAUGUCUUAACUGCCGGCACUUUUGCAGUGCCACCUUAUUCGAGCGGGCUAGCUGUUUUUAUGCUAACGGAGGGAAAUGGACACUGUGCAGGGCAGCUUGUCAUCUUUCAAGUGUGUAGAACAGUGUCUGUAUUUUAUGCGUUUGAUCAAAUUGAUCUCGAUUUAAUUUGUUGUACAUUACUGUACAUUACUGUAAUAAACAAUACAUUUGUGUAA